CAAUGAAUGCUUCACUUCAUCAAUUUUCUCUUGAAUUUUCAGCUCAGAAUUAAAGAUGAAGUUAAUUCUAGCAACUUUGUUUUUGGUCACUCUUGUUCUUAACCCUUCUUUCAUUCAAACCACCAUGGCUGGUUCAAGUUUUUGUGAUUCAAAGUGCAAGCAAAGAUGUUCAAAAGCAGGACUUGCUGACAGGUGCUUGAAGUACUGUGGUAUUUGCUGUGAACAAUGCAAGUGUGUCCCUUCUGGAACUUAUGGCAACAAACAUGAAUGUCCUUGCUACAGGGACAAGAAAAACUCCAAGGGCAAACCUAAAUGCCCAUGAAUUUUUAUGUGUAACAAAAUUAUCUAUGUGGUCAAAUCUGGUCUUUACAUAUAAGUUUUCUAAGACAUAAUUAAUAAUAUAUAUAGUGUGAAGAUUAGACAAAACAAAAAAUAAUAGUUUAUUGCCAAUAAAUAAAUGGGGUUGUGCCUUUGAGGUCUCUUUUGUAAUUUUCUGGUUUGUUUUCAUCUCUUGAAUUUUUUGCUUGUUAAAUGUAUUGGGGUUUUGAAUUUUUAUAAAUAAUAAUAAUUUGUAGUAGUUUGCUAGAA